AUGACGAUGUGCUUUCGCAGAUGCUGGGCGAAGCGAUCCUCCAGUAUCCCCACCGCAACCACUGCAGGCUCAACGGCCAAGCCAGCGACGAUGGACGCCGAAUCUCAGUCCGAAUUCCUCACCAUUCUCCCCAUCGAGACCCGCCUCCAAAUCUAUCGACAUGUCCUCCCACUGGGAACAGUCCAUUUCCUCUCUGAAAAGGACUACAUGUUCUACGUGCUCUGUGGGGACCGAGCCGCGCACACCACGCACGCCUGCCACGCGGUCCGCCGCGCACUCUCGCCCCUCCGCUACUGGGGCAUGGCCCUCGACAACAUAUCCGAGUUUGGCUGGGGAAAUCCGUAUCUCCCACCGGAAGUUGUUUCCAGGGGUGAGGUUUCGCUCCUGCGUGUGUGUCGCCAGGUACACGGUGAGGCUCUGCCAGUUCUGUACGAGGGAGUGACGUUUCAAGUGGACGAGCUGGAAACAUGGUUACGAUUUUCCAGUGGGGUUUUGGGUGAGAGGCUAAGCCUUGUCCGAGCGCUGCGGAUCAAAUUCAGUAUGCAAAGGGGAGCACCCGGACUAGUGUACGACGCAUUCUGGGCCGUCGUUGCGACGCGGAUGCCUCAUUUGUCUGAUCUCGAGGCCGAGGUUCAGAUUGAUCAUGGCGUGUCUCCCCUGCCUAGCGAUUCGGAUUGCGAGUGGUAUCGACCUCUCCGCGAGGUGCGUGGAUUGCGAAAUUUCUCUCUUAAAGCGGUCGGCCGAAACGAUACGGAGGAUGGUCGAACGAUUCGAGUUGUCUCUUCAGAGCUGAAGCGCACCAUGUGCUCUCCGCGCGAUGAAAGCUGCCCAAUUCCAACUUUCCCACGGUCGGAGAUCGACCUUGGCCUUCGCAAAUGGAGCUCUGGCUGGCGAUCCGGCUACCGAACCGACAAGCGCUGA